CCAGGUGAAGGCAGACAAGCCAGACGUGAGUUCCACAGCAUCCAGCACAUAGGCUCAUAGCCUACUAAUUCAAAGAUUUGAUAAAAACCAUUGUAGGACCGAUUCAACUAUUAUUGACAAGGUGAGAUGAUAAGGAAUUUAUUUGGAGCCUUGACCUAGCCUAGCCUAUAUAUUUGUUAUUGAUAAAAUGCCGACCACAAGGGUCCUCAAGCAAAAGCCUGUUAUUGAAACGAAAACAAGAGUCUUCGAAGUGAAAACAAAACCAGUUGAAAUGAAACCAGCAUCGACAACUCAACACAAAGUCACAGCUCCUCGUAAACCGCGGGCGUCGAGCUGUCCCAGAUGUAUCCAUAGUGACCGAUGCGAGACCACGAAGACCCAGCAGCAGGUCAAGUUGUGCGCCCCCAGGUGCGAUAGGAGAGCGAGAUCAACCUCUACCGCUCCCAAAUCAACACUCUCCUCUUCGAAAUCAGCGGUGCUCUGUCAAAAACCAACAGCCACAUCUCCAAAAUCAACUGUAACUUCUUCAAAGUCUAAAGAAGCAACUCAGGCGAGGCAGGAAGAGGAACGGACUUCGAGACCCAGGGCGCACUAUGCAAUUCAGAGUCACAAAGCUUUCACGGUCAUCCCCCCUAACCCCAAGAAAAGAAUAGAGAUCCAGAAAAAGGCGGAGGCGGAGCUGGCUGCUUUGGAAGAUCUGAGGCUGAGCAGAGCCACACCCUAUGUCUCCAUUGACCCCAGCAGUGUUGGUGGGUGUCUGAGUCUGGAGGAGGUGCGGCUUAAGCAGCAGCAGGAAAUGCAGGCCAGGAGGAAGCAGAGACAGAUGAAGAAAUAUAUGUUUGAGACGUCACCAGUGGUGUUGGGAUGAAGACUGAGCCACAGAGAGACAGAAAGCUGAAGUUAUCAUUAAAGUACAGACGCAUCAUCAUCAUGUGAAUGAUGCUUGUUGCCUGUAUGUCUAAGUCCAGCACUGGGAUCAAUGUUUCAGUGUCACACUGUAUUAUUUUGCACCAAAUAGAUUUCAUGUUAGUUUCAUUUAGUAAAAAAAAAAACUAUUGCUAGGCUACAAAGGUUUUACUUCCAUCCUCCUGUUUAGUGAGUAUCACAAUGAACUGUACAAAUGGCUGUUGUUCAUAUAUACAACAUGGCUGCAGAACAUUGUACUCCUUCUCUUUACCCUCAUCGUUCAUGCUUUCUAUGUUUAUAAAGUAACACGUGAAUAAAACCCUCCUAUGGAA